AUGCAGAACAUGCAGAAACGCUUUGGUCGAAUGACCUCCAAGAGAACUGCCGAUGACAGCCAGGUCGCUGUCCUUUUAAAGGAUUUCGAGGACGCAGAUUCGUUGUUGUCUAAAAUCGCAGAAUCUACAAGGGCCUGGCGUGAUGCUUGGGUAUCAAUUGCGACCUUCCAAAGUCGCAUGGCAGAUGAAUUCGAUGGAUUCUAUGCGCCCAUUAUCGGUUCAUCUGAAACAGACUCCCCGCAUCGACCCGUGGAAACCGAUCCCACCCUCUUGGGUCGAACCAACCGACUACGCAAGGAAUUCGAUGAGCUUCGUGAAGAGAUGAUCCAGGAGCUCGAUGUGGUCGAGGAUCGUAUGGCCCGACCAGCGGAUAAUGCGAAGGGCUCCUUAGCCCCCAUGAAGAAAACAAUCAAGAAACGCAAUGAUAAGAAGACCGAAUUCGAAAUCUAUCAGGGCAAAGUCGAUAGCCUCAUCCAUAAACCCAAACGCAGCGAUCGCGAAAAUGCCAAUCUUGCGAAGGUGCAGGUCGAUCUCGCCAGUGCGAAGGAGGUAUAUCAAGCUGCGGACCAAGACCUCCGCCAACGCCUGCCACAUCUGAUCUCCCUCCUUUUCUCCCUCGUACCCUUCAUUCUCACGGCUCAAAUCGAGAUUCAGAACCGCAUGCUCGGCACAUACUACACUGUGAUCCUCGCCUUCUGUGAAGAGACUGGACUGCCAUCACCGCCAGCCCCCUUCGACCAAAUAGUAUCAGACUACCAACUCGUUCACGAUCCCGUGCAAAGCGAAAUCGAGAGCAUGAACUGCCUCAUCCAUGGCAAGGCCCUCCGAGAAGCGCAAGCCAAAGAACUACAGAACAAACGUCCUUCCCUCGGCAGUCGCACCGCAAGCGUAGCAACCAAUACCUCACGCCCAUCCCUAUCAUCCCGACCAUCCAUCUCAUCCAUCUCAUCAAGCAUUCGUGGCAAACCAGCCGCUCAACCCCCAACGCUCGGCCCAAAGCCCACCACCUGCGCUGAGGAAAUCCGCGCCACCUCUCUAUCCUCUUCAUUUAUGGCAUCCCGCAGCUCUGUCUCCGCCUCUAUCGCUAGUACAUCAGGCACAUCUCCGCUUCCAUCAGCACAUGGAUCCUGGAUGCCCCCUCCAGAUAGCAUGCCGUCUCCGCAAACCACGACCCCCGUCCCCAGUGGUGUCUCCUUCUACCCGGCUGCCCGACCGACGGAUCAUUUCCAGCAUAGUCGUUCCCAGCAAAGCUCGCUUCAGUCCGGACCAAGCAUACCCUUCACAAACGCCGAGCCGUUCGCUAUGGCUGCGCUGAAGAAGAAGAAACCCCCACCACCACCCCGGCCAACAUUCGUCACGGCAUUGUAUGACUUUGAUGGACAGGGCGAUGAUGAUUUGAAAAUUAGAGAGGGCGAUCGGAUUCGUAUCGUGAAGAAAACUAAUAGUACAGAUGACUGGUGGGAGGGUGAGCUUGGUGGUAUGCAGGGGUAUUUCCCGGCGAAUUAUGUCGAGUAA